AUGGCACCAAAAGCAAGAGAAGACUUAGUUGUUCCAUACAAACACGUACCUGCCAAAUCCAGAAAAGAUGCAGGUAACGUCCUUGCUCAAUCAUUACCGAUGGCCGCCAUGUUUAUGAGAAACAAGAUGUUAUCAUGGGCAUCUGUAUUCUUGGCAGUUCAAUCCUACUUGAAUGAACCAAUCAAUAGACCAGCUGAGGAAGAUCAGGGUCAACAAUCACCAGCAUUGAGGGUGUUAUUCGCAGUUAUUUCUUUGAUUACUUGUUAUAUGGAUAUAGUUUUCCCAGGCACUAACCCAGCUGUUAAACGGGCAGCUAGGGUUGUAUCUGAAACGGCCACUGCUGCCACUGCUGCCACUGCUGCUGCUACCGCCACCGUAAAGGCUUAA